CAUCAUUGUACGUUCCAUUAUCUUUAUCUAUCAUAGCAAUCUGGUGAAUUUCUUACAUGGGCGCCAUAAGGGCACGGUCAGAUGGCAUAUCAGCUAAUUAUAAGAGGUCAGGGGCGAGCACGGAUACGUUAACAUCCAUUUUGCCUUCUUCACACUCAUCGAUGAGCACUGGUGGAGGAGCACCGACAAAUGGGCCACCGCAAGGUGACGGAAUUGCCACUUUAACGCCACCUGUAAGCACGGGCCGGACUUCUCAAAACAGUCCUACUACUUUCGACCCUUCAAAUAGUGAUUCCACUACGAGCGUCUCGUCAGAUACCAGUCCUUCACCUCCUAGUGAGGAAUCUUGGCCUAGUCCAAGAGAUCUUCCCUCAAUAAAACUGCCGAGCUCGCUGCCUUCGGUCAUAUUUGCCUUGCCUUCAUCCACAUUCAUCCCGCCACCCUUGACUAUACCGACUUCGCCACAAUUAAUGAUACCGACUUCGCCAAGUAUUAAUUUAUCCAUACUCACUUCGCUACUUUCAUCCAUAUUCAGCUCGCCGCCUUCAUCUAUACCAACUUCUCUGCCAUCCAUACCGGAAACAUUGACCACGAGAACCUCUUCUCCAUCUACAACGUCGGUCACGAAUCCUUCCACUCCGGGGCAACAGAUAUCCAGCCAACAGUCAACUUCCCAAAACGUUACUCCGCAAUCCUCGCAGACUAGUUCCUCUGAUUCACCAACUCCCACGUUACCAACCACGUUCCCCGGAGGCUCUCCAACAACAGUGCCAGGUGCACAAUCUUCCCAUAUCCCGCAAUCUCCGUGCGGAAGUCCUGCGAACACUCCAAUUCCGACUGGGAAUGGUUUGACAGUCUCAUCCACGUAUUCACCUACGCCCUCUGGUGGUCCCGCAGGCAACCUGCCUUCCACUACUCUUCACUCACCCUUCGCUGGAGUUGCAAAGAAUGUCAUAAGCACGACAUCGCCCAUUACACACAGUGGGGAUACGUUCUCUUCGAUCACCUAUACUUCGAUUGGUACCUCUACUAUUAUAACAUACUCCUGCUUUGGGUCUACCUCAGCGCUCGUGACCCUGACAUCGACUUCGACGUCCGUGAUUCGUACUACAACUCCAGUACCAACUUCGGGAACCAGGUCAAAUGAAGCCCUCAUCAUUGGAGGGGUUGUGGGCGGAGUUCUAGUACUUCUGCUUCUCGGUGUUGCAGUAUACUAUCUCAUUCGCCGCAGGCGGCGUUCGCGGGCCCAGCAGCAACUUUAUGCUAGUGAUCUGACCGCGCCACUCUCUCCAGCAGAAGCAACGAUGAUGCGCGAGAAUCACCCUUUCAGUCCUACGUAUAGCUCUGUCAUAGGAGAGCAAGGUGCGAGCGAGAGUCGUGGCGACCUGCACCAGGCCUCGAACUCAUUUGGCUCAUCGGCCUUCCUUCACCCCUCAAUUGCCAGUUCCCCGCAUAAAUUCUCUCGUAGUUUGUCUGGCUCAGCAUUGCACGAGAACUUCGAAAGGGAGUCGAACGAUGGGAACAUCUCUUCAUACAACGAAUCAGAAGGCAGUUUUGCGAGCGCACAGAGUUUUUACGCGUCUAGUGAUGAGCAAUCUAGCUUGAGUCGCGGUAUAGGUAUCGCGAUCGGCUCUCAAUCAAGCAUGGAUCUCCACUCAUAUCAUACCGCCGCUACCAUGCUUGACGCGGGGGCCCACGCUAUUAUGGAUAAUGAUGAAGAAUGCUAUAGCCCCACACCAAGUCCUUCGGCAUUCCCUGUUCCCCCCGUGAACCCGUUCCUUGAUGGCGCCGAUCCUCGUUAUUUUGUGGCCUCUCGUGCACCACAAAUCUGUCAAGCGGUCCCAGCUUCAUCUGAAAACGCCGCGCAAGCUCCAAUGAAUAUUCGUCAGUUCUCAAAGCUAAAAGCGUCUUGGGCGGUGGCUGUAAGCCCUGUAGAUCAUGAUCUACCCACGCCAAAAGCAAUUCGAAGUUCCAAUGCGCUUCUAGGUGAUGAAGACGACGAUGAUCCAUCAAGUCAGGACCUCCAAACGCCCACGCAGUCCCGUCCCAAAGUCACGCCAUUCAAUGAUUCGUCCUCCAUGAUCAAUCCAUUUUUACGUGAAACGUCCCGGCAAAAAUUCCGUGAUGAUUCUGGGGGCAGUCCCGGCAGUGACAGCUACGAGACUGUUUCCAUCAUAUCUCCGUAUCCGUUCCAUUCCAGGGACAAGGGCAAGGGGAAAGAGUACCUGUCCGCUGAUUUGAGGGAUGAUCCCAAGAAUAACAGAUUAUCGAAUGCUAGCUCCGCUCUUGAGUACCCCGAGAAUCCAUCGCAGUGUGGUCUUGCACUCUAAGCAGAUAACAGGAUUUAUAAAUUAUUAUUAGUUGAUCUAGGCCCUCACUUUUUUAAUCCUUGCAGACUAGCCUAUUCAGACGCAAAAAAAUUCCUCACUGAAGUAUUUUACAUCAUAGCAGCGCUCGGUGCAAUUUAUUUCUUUGAUCAGUGCCAUAUUUACAUGGCUAUCAUGAUAGAUGUCGAUUCUCAUGCACGGGAUGAUUGCGCGGUUCCCGUAAUCAUAGUACAAAUUGACAUAGC